GUUGAACCCUGAAGUGCGUGGGCUGGAAUAAUUUAAGGAUAAGGACUGCAGGGCGCUCAGAUAAAACGAGUCAAGUCUAACAAGGCUUUUCUUUCUACACCAUGACAGACAAGAAUAGGCUCAGGUCUGUUGACUUUGUUCAUUUCUGUACCCGUGUGUGAGUAGUUAUUUUAUAGCGGAGAGGAGCAUGUUGGAUUAUUAACGUGUGGGUAUCCUUGGAUCAAACUGUGAGGAGUAUAAGACAGGUGACUUUAUGUAGAGGAACAACAGCUGCUUCAGGAUGAGACUGUGGACUUUACUCUUCAUUAUCCCGGUGUGCGCAUCCUCUCCUCUGUCAGCAGAGACGUCUAAGUCCAAACCUCCAUCUGCGGAGAGCCGCUGCUCCGGCCGAGCCUGCAACCCCCGCAUGGGCAACCUGGCCCAGGGCAGAGUGCUGAGCACCCUGUCGAUGUGCGGCUCCAACUCCUCGGAGCCCUACUGUAUCUACAAAGAGACAUCCUCCCCCCGGAGCAGGGAGUCCUGCCUGCCUGCAAAAUGCACCAAGUGCAACUCAGCUAUCCCCAGCCAGGCGCACCCUCCCUCCGCCAUGAGCGACUCCUCUUUCCGCUACCCGGACACUUGGUGGCAGUCUGCGGAGGGCGUGAAGCAGGAGACGCUCCAGCUCGACCUGGAGACGGAGUUCCUCCUCACCCACCUCAUCCUGGUGUUCCGCUCCCCCCGCCCCGCUGCCAUGGUGCUGGAGCGCUCCCAGGACCACGGGCUCACCUGGAGGGCCCUCAGGUACUUUGCCCGGGACUGCGAGGGGGUGUUCGGCCUGGCAGAGGGGUCGACAGACGGGGAGAGUGGAGCAACCUGCACCUCCAAGUAUUCAGGAGCUUUUCCUUGCACCAGAGGAGAGGUGAUCUAUCGCGCCUUGUCGCCCUGGCACUCAGUGGAUCCAUACGGACCAGCCGCCCAGAACCAGCUCAUGAUCACCAACCUCAGAGUCCGCCUGCUGCAGCGCCAGCAGUGUCCCUGCCAGGCCAAACAUCCUGAUGCUGCCGUUCUCCCCACAGACCAUUAUGCCAUCUAUGAUUUCAUUGUCAAAGGCAGCUGCCUUUGCAAUGGACACGCUGACCACUGUGUCCCAGCCGGGGGGUUCCAGCCCAGCCAACAGAAGACCAACAACAUGGUCCACGGCAAGUGUGUCUGCAGACACAACACAGCCGGUGACCACUGCGAGCGCUGUGCACCUCUCUACAAUGACCAACCCUGGCAGGCGGCCAACGGCAUCAUAGGGACACCGCAUGAGUGCCAGAAGUGCAAGUGUAACGGUCACGCCAAGAGCUGUCACUUCAGUCGGGGAUUGUGGCUGGCGACUGGACGGAGGAGUGGUGGCGUGUGUGACGACUGCCGCCACAACACAGAGGGCCGUCACUGCCAGAACUGUAAGAAGGGCUUCUUCAGGGAUCCCAGCCGACCAAAAACUGCCCCUGACUCCUGCAAAGCCUGUUCCUGCCACCCUGUAGGCUCCAUCCUCUCAGGAGGUAGCACUCUCUGUAACCCCAGCAGCGGGGAGUGCACUUGUAAGCCCGGUGUUGGAGGCCCCUGCUGUGACAGCUGCAUGCCGGGAUACUGGGGGCUGCAUGAGUACGGCUGCCGUCCGUGCGACUGCACAGGGGACUGUGACCCCUACACUGGUGACUGCAUCUCUGGCUCAGAUGUGGAGGUCUUCUAUACAGCCACCGGCCACAUGGGACAUAGCAGCAAUAAUAGUGAGACGGCACUCUUUAGGGUAGAGGAGCUUUUCUCUGCACUGCACCACUCUGAGAAAUGUGAGUGUGUGGAAGUGACCCUUGGCAGCCCUAAACUCUUCUGUGCUGCAGAGUAUGACUACGUGCUGGUGGUGAAGGUAAUGUCGGCUCAUGACAAAGGCUCCCACGCAGAAGUGGAGGUCAAGGUCAAGAAGGUCUUGCACCAGAACCCUCGGAUGAAGAUCCAGAGGGGAAGCGUCACCCUUUACCCAGAGUCCUGGACCAGCCAAGGCUGUACCUGUCCUAUCCUCAACCCAGGAUCUGAGUAUGUCGUGGCCGGUCAUGAGGACUGGAAGACCGGCCGACUGAUGAUCAACACCAAGAGCCUGGUUAAACCGUGGAAGUCAAAUCUGGGACGCAAAAUCCUUCACAUCCUCAGAAAAGACUGCGGCCGCUGGUAGGGCAUCGCCACGGACUGCUACAGACAGAGGGGUGAAGGGGUGGAGGAUGAUCUGUGACAUACAGGAGUGAGCAGAAUGAACAGAGACACUGUCUGAUUUGGGCAUUGCUUGGACAUUCAAAUGAAAGCCCAUGCCCACUACAGCGAUUUGACUGUUUCCUCUGUUUCCAAAUUGGAGUCCACUGCCCCAAGAAAAAGCUGCAAUGCUGAUAGAAGUAAGCACAUACCUCGCUAGAUGACAGUCACUUAAGAAUCAAAGAGAACAAAGCAAGCCAUAAAGACUUUCAUCCGGACAAAGACAAAGCUGAUGUUGCAUUUAUUCAUUGUCUAUGUAUGAUAUUUUCCAGGUUAUUUAUAAAACAGUGCAUGUUAAAGGGACAGUUCACCUCUAAAUCAAAAGAACAGAUUUUUCCUCUUACCUGUAAUAGUGUUUGUUGAUCUGGAUUGUUUUUGCGCGAGUUGCAAAGUGUUGGAGAUAUCAGUUCUAGAGAUAUUUGCCUUCUCUCGAAUAUAAUGAAACUAGAUGGCUUUCGGCUUGUGGUGCUCAAAGCACCAAAAAAUACAUUUGAAAACUCAACAGUAAAUACAGAAAUCAUGACCAAGUUACUCAAGAAGAUCCAGAGACCUUGUGAGCAGCUUCAAGUAGGAACUAUUUUCUUUCUACCGAACUAUUCCUACCAACUGUAUCACUGCAAAGAAGGAAGCGUGCAUCUACUCAUGGACGAGAGGCUCAUGACAGCAUGAGAUGUAAACAUUAAUGGCAUCCUUAUUGGCUCAGCUCUAACGUUAGCUAGCUCAGACGCUGUGAGCGAUAGGGCUGUCCCCUCAUAGUCGACCAAACGUUAGUCGACCAUAAAGGUCAUAAGUUGGCAAGAUUUCAUUGUUCGGUUAGUAGCAUCUGAAACUCUAUUAGGGGCUGCACCUUAUCAAAAUAAAUCAAAACCUAUAUGACUGGACCAUGUGGGAAUUUAAUUUGAAAGGACAGACACAGGAAGUGUCCACGCUCAGCAGUCAGACAGGAGUCAGGUUAAUUUCCAGGGCUGGUACCUGUGGUUAUCACACAGGCUAGUUAAUAACAUGUCGGGCAGGAAAUCCAAAGUGUGGGAUCAUUUUGAGAAGGUGAAGGACGAACCCAAGGUGAUAUGUAAACUCAUCUUCAUUGGUCGACUACAAACAUGACGUAUCAUCUGAAACAUGUCAGUAGCUACAUGCCCAUUAGCCACUUAGCGCAAUCAUUACUGCUUUGCCGACAGCAUCAUUAACAGGCGGCUCGCUCAGUGUGUGACGUGCACUUGUAGAUAAAAUAUAGGCCUAUAUUAAUGAAGGUUCAUUAGUACGGUUUUGUAUUUCUCUGUAAUGUAGCACAGUGUUAACAAUGUUACUGAUACUAUUCUUUCUCACACCUUCAACUCAAACCAUUGUGUUGCCCCGCCCAAAAUAUAUAAUUUGAUAAUUAAAUUAAUAUCGUAAACAUGCAGGCGACUAGUCGACUAAUGGCCCUAAAUGACGACUAUUGGUUGACUAGGAAAAUUGUUAGUCGGGGGCAGCCCUAGUGCCAUCUAGUUCCAUUAUAUUCAAGAGAGGGCAGACAUCUCUUCGGCCGAUACCUUCAACACUCGGUAACUCACAACAAUACAAUCUAGACUGAAAAUAGCACUACAGGUAAGAGGGCUAAUAUGUAUUUUUGAUUUUGGGAUGAACUGUCACUAAGUUACUGUCAGAGUUGAUGAGCCAGUCACGUCCCACUGUAUCAAUUUCAUUGAGAGCUGUUUACUUGGAAAUCGUGCAAAGGCACGGCCUGAAUCAUCCUUGUCUUCUCACAGAUAUUGGCGAUAAAUCAUGAAUGAAGUCAACAUCAGAAUGUGUGUGAGUGUGGAUGUGUGUGUUUGCUUGAUGUCCUUGGCAGGGAGUCUGGGACUGUGCAGGUCAGAACAAGUAACUCCUGGAUGAGGGGAGAGGAUGAAAAAAACAUUAAAGGAAUCAGGCGGCUUAAUCUGAACAGCUCUGCUCUGCACCGGCAAACUCGCCCGCCUGCUGUCUGACAAGAGCAAAACACACUCCACCCUCUCCGGUCUGGAGUACAUGCAACCGGCUCAAACGCUCAGGAACAAGUUUGCUCUCACACCUGCUUCAUUUAUAAGAGUGGCUCAUUGUCAGAUUGCUUCAGCCAGAUGUGAUUCUGUGAGGAUUUUUCUGCUGUCCUCAGUCGCCCUGCUUCCACACGAGGAGGAUUCACUUGAGAAGGGCUCUCUGAACAUGACCCUGUGGGAGCCAGAGUGUGUGUGAGUGUGAGAACGGGAGCACAUGCUCUCUAAACACAUGCUCCUCUUUUUGGCCUGUGACUCCUCCGGCCCCAAAAUAAAUAUGUAUUAAAAGCCUGGGCAUUCAUUGACAUCACAGCGCAUCAGAUCCAGAGUCCACAGGCCAUUUUUGAGCCAGGCCCAGUUAAGAAUAGGACGGGUCCGCUGUCUCCAAGGAGAAGGACAAACUCUGUGAGGAGACAUGAUGCAUUCCUCAAACAUGACAUCACCGCCCGUGUCCUUGUCCCAAAGACUUUACCAAAAUAAGAGAAAUGGGCUGAGCAUUCUUCUUGUAAAGGACAAAGUGGUGAUUUAGGGUGCCUGAAUGUACUCCAUCAUCAACGUGAUAUUUGUAAAGCUAUUUGUGUGUGUCCUGUAUGUUCUUCUUUUUCAUAUAAACUGUAU